CGUGUCAUAUGUUUCUAUAUUUUCAAAUUUGAACAAGCAGCCCGACAAGACAAAACAUGUAGGAAGUCAAAUUAUGUAUGUCACAUCACUUGGAACACAGGCGACAUAUCAAUCACACAGCAAACAACCGGAUUUCGGCUAAGAGACGGGCUCUUUUGCAGCAUCCACCAUGGCCCUCAUACCUUUGACGAAGGAACAGGAAGAGGCGAUACUCCACAAAGCUGGGUACACAGCCACGAAGUUGGCCGAAGACGUGGCGGUCAUCAGGGAGUGGUUGGAUCAGCAAGAGCACCUUCCGCCGAGCAGAAAAAACGAAAACGAUGCAUUCAUCACCAACUUUCUCCUUGGUUGCAAGGGAAAAUUAAGCUCAUGUAAGAAGAAACUCGACGCGUACUACAGUCUGCGAUCCCACUACGGGCAACUGUUCAGCGACCGAAACCCCGAAGAUCUCGAGCCCAGUCUUCAGUAUCUAGAGGCGAUGACGAUACCGAAACCCACGGAGGACGGAUGCAGGAUCAACGUGGCGGUCUUGACCGACCAGGAGUUCAAUUUCGAAGCGUGCUUGAAAAGGAUCCUUCUCGUUCUGGAAAUCAGGCUGAGGAGUGAGGCGAUUUACGCCGGUGACUAUAUCAUCUCUGAUGUCGGCAUGUUUCUACCAAAGCACAUAUUCAAAGUUUCCAUACCACUGCUUCAUCAGUUCCUUCAAUUUGCGCUGAAAGCAAUACCGUACAGGUUGAAAGGGCUGAUAUUUUUCAACACAAGUUAUCUCUUUGAAGUUGGUAUCAACAGGUUUCUCAAGCCAUUCUUAAAAGCACAGAUUGCAAAGAGGGUAUAUAUGUAUUCAGAAGGAAAGGAGAUUUUAAGGAAGCAUUUUGAUGUGUCAUUUCUUCCUAAGGAAUUCGGUGGGGCGACGUAUGAAAUCAAACCUCUUAGUGAGUACUGGCUUGAAGAAGGAAAAGCGUGGAAGGAAUGGUUCCUCACAGAUGGCUCCGAGCUCACGGACGAAUCGAAAAGACCCCAAAACCAAUCCUAUUUCAGGUCUUUUUGGACACCCCAUGCCAAACAGACGACGGCGACUUGAUUUUUCCUUUGAAGGAUGCUCGAAUUGUCCUCUGCCAAAAAAACAAACAAAAACUCAAAUAUUUUCUUUUACAUCACGUAUUCAUUUAAAUAAAUAAUU